CCGGCCGCGCUGCCGGUCCCGUCCCCGCCGCGCCGGGCGAUUUAUGAGGAAUCAAAGAUGAACUUGGAGCAGGAGAGGCCUUUUGUCUGCAGUGCCCCAGGCUGCUCACAGCGUUUUCCAACAGAGGAUCAUCUGAUGAUUCACAGGCACAAACAUGAAAUGACUUUGAAGUUUCCUUCAAUAAAAACAGAUAAUAUGUUAUCAGAUCAGACUCCUACACCAACACGCUUUCUGAAGAACUGUGAGGAAGUGGGCCUCUUCAAUGACAUCGACUGCUCCCUAGAGCACGAGUUUAGGAAGGCACAAGAAGAGGAGAACAAUAAAAGAAAUAUCUCCAUGCAUAACACAGUUGGAGGAGCAAUGGCAGGACCUGGAUCUCACCAGCUAGCAAAUACGAGGAUGCCAAACCAUGACACCAGCGUCGUGAUUCAACAAGCCAUGCCAUCUCCUCAGUCCAGUUCAGUCAUUACACAAGCACCUUCCACAAAUCGCCAGAUUGGGCCUGUCCCAGGUUCUCUGUCUUCACUACUGCACCUACAUAACCGACAAAGACAACCUAUGCCUGCCUCUAUGCCUGGCACCCUGCCCAACCCUACUAUGCCUGGAUCUUCUGCUGUGCUCAUGCCUAUGGAGCGACAAAUGUCAAUGAACUCCAACAUCAUGGGAAUGCAGGGGCCGAACAUCAAUAAUCCGUGUGCUUCACCUCAAGUCCCUCCAAUGCAUUCAGAAGCCAAAAUGAGACUGAAGGCAGCGCUGACUCAUCAUCCUGCCACCAUGUCAAACGGGAAUAUGAACACCAUGGGCCACAUGAUGGAAAUGAUGAGCUCUCGGCAGGACCAGACGCCACACCAUCAUAUGCACUCACAUCCUCAUCAGCACCAGACACUGCCACCUCAUCACUCGUACCCGCACCAGCACCAGCAUCCGGCGCAUCAUCCUCAUCCUCAGCCUCAUCACCAGCAGAAUCAUCCCCACCACCACUCUCACUCGCACCUUCACACACACCCAGCACAUCACCAGACCUCGCCGCACCCACCGCUGCACUCAGGCGGACAAGCACAGGUCUCGCCAGCAGCACAGCAGAUGCAGCCCACGCAGACAAUACAGCCACCACAGCCAACCGGGGGUCGCCGGAGGAGGGUGGUGGACGAAGACCCGGAUGAGAGGAGACGGAAAUUUCUGGAAAGGAACCGAGCUGCCGCCACACGCUGCAGACAGAAGAGGAAGGUCUGGGUGAUGUCACUGGAAAAAAAAGCAGAAGAGCUCACCCAGACAAACAUGCAGCUUCAGAAUGAGGUUUCCAUGCUGAAAAAUGAGGUAGCACAGCUGAAACAGUUAUUGUUAACACAUAAAGACUGUCCGAUAACAGCUAUGCAGAAAGAAUCACAAGGAUAUCUAAGUCCCGAAAGCAGUCCUCCUGCGAGCCCGGUCCCAGCUUGCUCCCAGCAGCAAGUCAUCCAGCACAACACCAUCACAACCUCCUCCUCCGUCAGCGAUGUUGUGGGAAGCUCCACUCUCAGCCAGCUCGCCAGUCACAGAACAGACAUCAACCCCAUCCUUUAAAAGAGGUUGAUCAGAAACUGCUAGGGGAGUGGGGCAGCGUAUCAAAGUGUCCUCUGUGCUAAGGACAUUUGCAACCAUAACUCAUGCCUGGAAGAUUCCUCAGUUCUUGAAAGACUCUGGCUUUCAUUUUUAUAGUUAUUAAAAUGUCUUUUAUACUUAGUUACAUAAAAGGGAGUUAUGCAAUUAAUAUGCUAUCAGCUUGAGAAAUGCUUUGGUGCUUUCUCCAGUUUUUUUGGUACCAGUUACUUGUUUAUAAACCUAACUGUUUCUGUACAUAGUCAUGUUUCCUUCUCACCGAUAUAGCCUGAAGCCUCAGAAAUAUGGAGUUGUGUUAAACUGCAGCUUGUUAGCCAAUGUGAGGCAUGAAAAAUAUUAAACAGAGUCAUACAUAGGUAACUAGGAGUAAUUAGGCUAUAAAUACAUAUGGAGAGGGAAUCUGGUGACAGCAUAAUAAAAAGUGAGUUAGCAUUGUGCUAUGAGCAGAUCCCAUCUUGCUUUCAGAGCCUCUUUCAAAGUGGUUACAUAGGACAAAAUCAAGCCCAAAUAACAUGCUCUCCCCCUUCUCCUCUCUCCCGUACUCUGGCCUUUUCUCCUCCAGUUACUUUUACAGCUUCUUUUUCCCUUCCCAAACCCUUUUAAUCCCGCAGCUUUUUUUUUUCCCUGCUUUUUUUCAUUCCAAGGCUUUCUUGCUUCCCUUUCUUUUUCUCAAAGAACGGUGAUGAACAAGUGAAAACUUCAAGCCCACCUAAAAACUGUCGGCACAGCUGCUGCUCUCACUUGCUCUUCACCUGCAGCUGGGCUGCGCUGAGCGUUUGGCUUUUAAAAAAACAGAAAUGCUUCUGAUUUAGUGUUUUUAAUAAACAGUGAAAGGCAAAAGCAGUGCAGCCCCAGGUGAAGCGGGAUUGAGAGCCAGCUGUGUCGAUGCUAGCAGCCCUGUAAGCUUCUGCAGUGCAGUACGAACGAGCAGCACCCGAGAAUCACAGCAAUUCUUUUGCACUGACAGUCAUUAACAUAGAAAAAUCUAUGUAGUACAUAAUAAUUCAGAAAACUUUUGUACCCUAACCCAGUUGUGUUGUUCUAGCAAUGAAAGCCAACAGCCUCAGGUUUCACGGCCUAUAAACAAGAAAUACAUCAGCAUAACGGUUCUGUCCGGUUGGAAAAAUGCCAUUUUUAAUGCCUAGGGAAAGCCCUGCUCUCUGCAGGCAUUCUUUUAAGUGUUCCUGGACCUAUCUCGAGCUGACAGACAGCAGUGUAGCUUCACUGACUUUAAUGGCACUUAACGCCCGUUUGCUGCGCGUAAGGAAUUGUCUCAUUAGGACGCUAAACAGUUUUUAGAAGACAUGUGGCUGCUGGAAAGCGCUGCAAGAAUGGCAAAUCCCACUGUGCCCUGAGUAAAAUUCAGUCUUGCAAAGAGGGUCUGGAAAAGAGCCUUAUGCCACAAUUAAGGUUUUUGUUUGGACGCUUGGGCCUGCCCCUCAGCGCAACUGAUUUGCAUCCCCGAGUGGUACCAGUGAUUGAUGGCAAAAUCAGACAGAGAUGAUGCCAAUUAAUUAUGCUGCCUUGCUGUAUGUGGGGACCUGAUUUUGCUCUCAAGUCUGUCAGCGACAAAACCUCCCACUGCUUACCCGGGGAGCAGGCUCCAGGCUGGUGAUAAAUGAUCAAAUAUUUUGAGCUACAUCUUUAAUAGCAAAAGCUAAAUCAAGUUAUUCCCAGCAAAUCCUCUAGCCCUGAACAUGCUUUGUUCUGGAGCAAAGUUCUCUUCCUUGAAGAUCAUGUCUUUGGUUUUUCGAGGAGUCACGGGUUUUAAGAGGGUGGCUCUUCUCUAUGCGGGAGGGAGAGUGAAACAACCGAAGCAUGAGGCUCUGUAAGGAGCAGGGCCCACCUAGAAAGGAAAGCAAAAUUCUAAGGAUCAUUCCUGUCCAAAUUAGUUCUCACCUUGGUAACUAACUUUUACUCAGUAUUCUUUUCUUUAACAGCUUGCUUUCCAUUUAUGCAAAUACACUCAAAAGAUUUUUAAUGUACAGUAUAAAUCUCGACUUGAUUAUAUAGUCUAAGAACCAAAAAGAGAUGAAAAAAUACAAAUGUAAAGGAUUUUCUAUUAUAUUUUAGACAAACAUAUGCUUUUAAAGUGCUUUAAAUACCGAAUCUAUAAUUGUUUUUAACCUCCAGUUGUAAUAGCUAAAUGGUUUUGCUUUAUCAUGGCUCCCAAGGGAACUUUCUCAAAUACGCAGUUGAGCAAAAUGUUCCAGCUGAGUAUCCACUAUGUAAAAAAAAAACAAAACAAAACAAAACCAAAUAAGCAUCUCCCCUGUGUCUGAAUUUCAUCAUUCAAAGAAAAUGCCACAGGGUUAAUUUUUAAAACUUCAGCUCUAUGUGGGUAGCACUUAAAUACAUUAAAAAAUAAAAAUCAAUUGUUGGUAAUAUUAGAAAACCCAGUUGAGCUACACUGCACUAGAAUUACAGUUUAGCUUCAUUUUAUUCAGUCUCUUCAAUUAAAAUAUUUAGCUGUUAAACUGAAAGCCUCUACAUUAAAAAGGAAAAAAAAAAAGAGAAAAAAUACAAAAACCUCGCCUAAGUUUUGUUAAAUUCAGCAACUUGACAGUUUGACUGAUGUGUAUUAUAUAUAGCUCAAUUAUUUCUUUUUUUAAUGCUAACUAGGCAAGCCAACCACACAUGUUGGCCUAAAUGUGUAACUACAAUGAAAUGUCUCCUCUCUAUACUAUUGGCCUUUAGGUAUAAUCCUUGCUAGUGAUGUGGAAAUAAGUAAAGGAUGAAAAGCUAUUUGCUAUUGCUUCUUGUAACUCUGUCGCAGGUUCACAGGCCAAGACAACAUGCAGCAUAUUUAUAUCAGCUAUAUCUUCAGUAAAAGGACCAACCGUACCAGGCACCUUAUAUUGCUCAUCAGAUUCACUUCUACGUUGAAAUGCUCUUGUUUUCCACGGGGGUGAUCCUGCAGCCUUUCCUCAUGUGGCUGGUCUGGCUGGGCACCAGAGACUGCCUGAGCAAGGGCUGAGGGAGAAGCCCCUGCCCCACUGUCCUCUGGACGUCCAUCUGUUGCUCGAUCAGUGGCACUGGCCUCUUCCUAAGCACAUCACUCUAAACGCACUUCCCGGCCUCUUUCUGGUGAGGAGAAAUCCUAGUUUUCCAUGAGCUACUAUUGGAGAUUGCUUCGCUUUCCUCCUGCCCCAGCGAUCCAGCCCGUCGCCUGGCUCCAUGCGCCAUCCAGCUGCCAGUGGACGCCUCCUUGGGAACACUCCCCUCGCCCACUGCCCCGGGCAGCUGCCGGGCAGCCACAGCCACUGCCAGCGCCUUGUCGCCAGAAGCCACUGCUGGGCACUGAAUCUGAAGCGCCUUGGAAAUCUCAGCCAUGGACAACUGCAGUGCUUUGGUGGGAAAGAAAUGAUGCUGUGAUCCGGUUCCUCCAUCCCUGACCCCCCUUCCCCGAGUCAAUUUAUGCAAGCCAUAUUCAUAAUGCUGCCUGUGGGAGACAAGUAGUUUGUGUGCUAUCAUGGUGUGUUUUAUAGGGAUGACAAUGAUGAUGAUGAUAAUAAUUUAUGGAGAAUUUCACGCUGUUGGGAGUUAAUUCCUGCUACGAAGCUAAAUGUCUGCUGCCCAUCUUCUGAAUAGUGGAAAGUCAAUGGUUCAGUGCCUCAGUGCGUGCGGAUUUAAUGUGUUAAUUGACUCUGUCCUGUAAACUAACAAGCCAGCCAUAACUGUUGUUAAAUGCCCAAACUUUUGAGGAUUCGUAUUUUUUUAAGCAACAAUAUUUAGUGUUGAAAACUAGCCUUUUAGUUUAGGCAAAAAAUGUGCUUUUUAGCAGCUAAUACCUUUUUUAAAAAAAAAGCGUAUAGAGUGAAUUUAUGAAAAUUCAUGAGGACCAAAGCGAUUUUAAAACAGGAAUCUAUUAAUUUAGUAUUCACAUAGAAUUUUAUAAAGUAUUUAUUAAUAAAUGUUAUUUUAACACAUUCCAUUUGAACAGUAUUCUUGUACAGAAUCUGUUUGGGUUUUUUAAGUUACAAUAUUAGUUUUGCAAUAAACUACUCUAAGUGUGUGUGCAUCUUAAACUUUCAGGGUCUCAAGCAGAAGUCAUCCAUCUAAGAUGGAAAAGCUUGCUGAGGUCAGUUGUACAGAAAUUCCUAGAAUUAAAUGUUUUCCUUAAAGCAGCAUCUGCUCUUUUUUUUUUUCCUUUUUCUUUUUUUUUGGUAGCAACAAAACAAAUUAUGAACCUUCAGUUGUUUCCUUCGUAUUGGAAAUGUGCUCUCGCAUUUUAGAAAGCAUGGGUCAACAUAUAACUGGAAAGCCUGUCUUUUUUUUCACCUUUUUUUUUAAGGCUGAUUUUAUACAUCACUAUGGGAGAUAGAUGUAACCCCAUCCUUGUUUCUUUUCUAAUAUUACAUAGUGAGUUGCACUAUAUUGCCUUAUCAUUGCCUCUUCUGUCCUCUUACUAAGCAGUGUUCCUUAGAUUUAGACCAUUGAAGCUCCAUUAUACAUCAGAGAAAAUUACUGGAGGGGGAAGAAGAGAAAAAGAUUGAUCUGUAGACAUAAAAACUAAACUGUGCCUAUAAAACAAAGCCAGUUACAACUAAUUAGUAUCUUAUUUCUACGUUUCAAUUAUUUAUAUAAUUUUAAAAUUGCACUUUAGCUCUCACUCUCUUUCUUGCUCUCCCUUGUUGAAUCAUUUAUAAAUACUCUUGUAAAACAUUUGCACCAGAUACAUUUAUAUGCUUCUGCUGGUGGCAUAUCUACAACUUGUCUCUCACACCUGCCCGAACGAAGCAGCUGAGAACAGCCAGUCUGCAGUGUGACUUAGACUUUAUACCCUCUUCAUGACAGCAUAUAAAUGUUUUAUUAUGCAAAGUGCGUGUGGCAGCAUCUAAGCUACAUUUAUAAUCUCUCAUCCCGAGAACCAAAGUGUCCUGUAUAUCAUAAGGUCAGGAGACUGGCUGUGUUGUGCAUUGUUGUGCACUUUGACUGUUGUCCAACUCACAGUAGCUGUGAAGCUGCAGUGAUAACAGUGGCCAUAACUAUGUAUUAGAGUUCUGAAUCAAUAAAAUAUGUUGCCUUAUAACUUGACUAGGGACAGCACCUUUAAAAAAAAAAAAAUAAGGAAAGAGAAUAAAAACUUUCUAAGGACAAACAAAAGCAAUAUAAUCUCAAGUUAUUUCAACACCAAAAAAAAAAAUUGUUCAACUUUUCAU